UUUGCGAGAGGGCGGAACGUUUGUGAUACGGAACAGGGGCGCUGCAGCGUGGCCGGCAGACGGGGCGGGAGCACCGCUGGAACCGUCGGGGAGCCAUGUUGGCGGCCGCUGCCCGGGCGGGCCGGGCGCUCCGUGGAGCUUCGGCAGCACCCAGUGGCGCCCGGCUAAGCUUAUGGCUGCCCCAGAUGGCUCCAUGCCGAGGAAGUCACUGGGAGACUUCAUUGCUGGCCUUCAGAGCAUCUCUCCCUGUGAGAGCACAACCCAAAAAAAAGAAGAAGGUGGAUUUAAAGAGAGAGCAGGCACAGAAGGACCGUAUGAAAAAGAAGAUUAAGAAGUUGGAAAAAGCAGCCCCAGAAAUGAUUCCAAUUGAGGAUUUUGUAACACCAUUGAAGUACUCAGAUGGCAGCAGGGUGCGGAGUCUUCCCCCUCUGUCAUUUGAAGAGACAGAAAGAAGAGUUCUCCUUCUGAAAAAGUGGACUUUGUUUAAGCAGAAACAAGCUGAGGCAGAGAAAAAAGCAAUUCAGACUCUUGUGGAAGCUCAGCAAGAGGCACUAAAAGAACUGCGCCUUGAGUCUGAGGAGCUGUAUCAGGCAGCAAUCAAACGAGAUGAGGGACUCUUCCCCUUCGAGAGAGACGGACCUAAUUACACCCCACCACUUCCUGGCUAUGAUCCUCCUGAAGGAAAAUGCAUUGAUAUCACCAAAGUGUACACACAGUGAUGGAGGAAUGCCUUCUGCAUCUGGCAUGAGCCACUCAGCCAACUGAAGGAGACAAGAAUAAACAAUGCCUUCUGCAGGUGUCUGACUGUACACACACAUAUUAAUGAAGUAUGUUUGCUGGGGCUUAAAAGCAGCUUCUCUAGGCAAAAAGGCACCCAGCAACACUACACUGGCCUACAUUUGUGCCAUGCUAGAAUAAAAGAAGUAGUAUUUCA